AUGGAGACGGGAGUCGCCAUUAGUUAAUCUGCGGCCGCCCUUCUCUGAACGCCAAAAUUAUCAGUUUUUGACGUCUUAAUCGAUAACUGAGCUGCUUUACUUCCCACACCACUGACAUAUCGAGAGAUGUCGCAGAGUUCAUAUAGCCAGAUGUGGAAGGAAGCCAUGUUAGAGCUAAGUCAUCUGCUGGCUGAAGAACUCCCCCCUGAACCCCCUCCACCACAGCGAGACAGGCUGGUCUUCUUCCAGCAACUGGCAACACUUUAUGUGCGCUACAUUCAAGUCUUCAGGCAGCUGGAGGAAGCCCACAAUGGCCUAGUCCAUCCUCAAAAGAGACGAUUAAUUCGUGUGAUUUUGAAUGGUGUGAUGGGAAGGAUCCUCGAGCUGAAGAACGACAUGGUGGAAACAGAGUUUUCAGAAUACCACUAUGUGAAUGAUGUCCUACAUGCGCUGAAACUAACACCUGCCGAACUUGAGAUACCCAUUCCACACUUUUUUCUCAAUGAACGCAGCAAAGAAGUUGAAGAACGAAAAACAAUGGUGAUGGAGAUUUUAAAAAAGGUCGAGGAUACGGAAAAUCCUGUUUCUCUGCAGACUUCACUGGACAGGCUUAUGACUGAAAAGGAAGCCAUACAGAUCUUUCAAAUGGUAGAGAGGGCGCGGCAGGGCAGAAAAAGAGCUAAGUUAAGCAAGCAGACGAAAAAAGCCAAGACCACUGUAGCGCUUAGCCCUGAGGUUGCUGCCAUCCGGAUUCAGAAGGUCUGGAGGUCCUAUGUAGAAAGAAAGAAAAGGGAUGAGAUGAAGUUUUCCUUUGGAAUAGUAGCGUACACGGAAUAUGACACCCCUUCUUCAGCAGAGAUUGCUGCCCAAGCUAUUAAAUCUUCUAUUCGAAUACAACAGAAGAAGCACGAGGAAGAUUACCUAAAGUCAGUGGAGCAAAUCUUGAAGCAGCUCAGAGAAACCGAGUCCCAAGACAUGAGCAACACAAUGAAAAAUCAGAUUCGGCAGUGGUUUUAUGAAUGUCGUGACACCACAGGAGUUUUUCCAGACUACCCAAGUGAAGAGGAUGGUGGCUCAGCUCUCAUAUUUUCUGAAAAAAACCCUCAGCAGUUAAUGGAGGAAAUUAAGGAAUCAGAAGAUGAAGAAAAAAGGAGCAAAUUGAAGAAAAAAGAGGAACAAAGUCUUGCUUGUUUCUCAGACCUAAUAGAUUUUUGUCCUGAGCCACAGGAUGAGGAUGCAGGGUUGAAGAAGAUGCCCUCUGCUUUCCUUUCAGACUUGGAAGCAGCAAACAAAAGGUUUGAAGCGGUUUGGAAAAACCGUGAUGAGUCAGAAAACUUCACUCAGAUGCACGAGGUGGAGUUGAUAAAAGAAGAAAUAAGAAAAGUCAUAAAAGCAGAAGUUCGAAUAAAGGUUGAUGAAGAGAUGCGACAGGAACUCUCUGAGUUAAAGCUAGUAGUGGAUAAAGACAAGGGUGCCAAAGCAAGAGCGUAUGCUAAGAAGAAAAAAGUAUCCAAGGGUGGAAAAAAGAGGAAAAAGGAAAAAGAUCUGACAGCUGAUAGGACUCUUGAGUCUCUGUGCCAGGAGCUGGUGGAGCAAGGAUUAAUAAAACAGGCCAAAAAUGUUAGGAUGCAAGAUUUCUUGGGAGAAUCUAAUUAUCUUGGGACUGUUCUGAGACAAAAUGACGUUGAGCCCAUGCCUUCAUUGCUAGAUGUCCGUGAAGUCUUGACCUUAUAUGCAAUUUUACCAUUGGGCUCUCAGGAGGUUCAUGAGAAGGCUCCUUUAGUAAAAUCCAUAUUGCUGGUGGGGCCCACGGGUGUGGGUAAGCACAUGUUGGUCCAUGCAGUUUGUCGGGAGACAGGUGCCACCCUGUUUGAUUUGUCCCCUUAUAACACAGCGGGAAAAUACCCAGGCAAGAAUGGACUGACAAUAAUGCUUCAUAUGGUCUUUAAGGUUGCGAGGCUUCUGCAACCAUCUGUGAUAUGGAUUGGAGAGACAGAGAAAAUUUUCUACAGAAAAGUUCCCAGGGAGGAAGAAGAGUUAGACCCUAGGCGACUAAAGAAGGUUUUGCCAAAGUGUCUCAAACUGAUCAAAGGAGAAGAUCGUGUCCUGAUAAUCGGAACAACAAGAGACCCACAAAGUGCUGAUAUUAAAGCGUUGUCUAAAAUGUACAGCAAAAUCAUUCUCAUCCCCAAUGACUACGGCUCAAGAUAUGUUUUAUGGAAAAAACUUAUCGAAAAGCAAGGAGGUAAAAUAAAGGCAGUUGACCUCAGCAAUCUAACGAGGUUAACUGAUGGCUACACUCCAGGCCAUAUGGUUCAAGUCAUCAACAGCCUAGUUUCCGAAGUUCACAUCCAGGAGCUGGAAAAACGAUCCUUCAUCGCUGAUGAUUUUAUUCCACCAUUGAGCAAGCUGGAGCCCGUGUUCCAGAAGGAAGAGGAGGCAAUAAAAAGCUGGUAUGCGAAGACACCUCUAGGAAAAAGGAGAUAUAAAGCCGCCACUGGAAAAGAAGAGCAAGCACCACCUAAAGGGAAAAAUUCAAAGAGGAAAGAUAAACAUCAAAAGAGUUAA